GCCGGCUUCUCCCCCAAUGGGGAAGGAGGAGGAGGGCGGAAUUGCCCAGCAUGCAGCGCGGUGGCCUGUCGUCGGCUCCCCUCACUUUCCGGUCAGGGGCUAAGAUGGCGACUCCCAUGCACCGACUCAUCGCUCGGCGGCAGGCGGAGGCAAACAAGCAGCAUGUGAGAUGUCAGAAGUGUUUAGAGUUUGGACAUUGGACCUAUGAAUGUACCGGGAAAAGAAAAUAUCUACACAGACCAUCAAGGACAGUGGAAUUAGCGAAAGCUCUGAAAGAAAAAGAAAACAGACUAUUGUUGCAACAAAGAACUGGAGAAAGUACUGCAGAAAGGAAGACCAAGAAAAAAAGGUCUAAGAGCGUCACCAGUUCCAGCAGCAAUAGCAGCAUCAGUUCAGCUAGUGAUUCUUCAUCUGAGAGUGAAGAUUCCUCUACCUCUUCUUCUUCUGAUGACAGCGACAGUGACGAAAGCUCCUCCACUUCCUCAUCCUCCCCAUCUUCAAGUAGUUCUUCCUCUUCCUCAGACUUCGAGUCAGAUUCUAGUUCCUCCAGUAGCAGCAGCACCAGCACAGACAGCAGCUCUGAUGAUGAGCCACCGAAGAAAAAGAAGAAGAAAUAGUGUGGUGCCAUGUGCUAAUACAAUGUAGGACUGGUAUUAGUGAACGAUAAUGUCAUUCUCUAAGGAGGUUUUGGAUACAUUAUUGCCAAACAGCUUAACUGGUUAAAAUUUCUACAGUUUAAAACUUUCUAAGUGUUUUACAUAUUUGGUUAUAGGACAUAAAAAGGUAUUACAUGGCAAGUGAGACUUAUUGAAAGAGUAUUUUUGUGGUUAAUCCUUUAAUGGGAAAUUUUACUUUUUUAGUUUAAAAAUCUGUCAUCAGAUUUGUUUAUAUGACCUAAAGUCCAGUAACCCUAAUGUUUACAUGCCAGAGAGCAAAACCUUCUUGUUUCAGAUUGUGCUGUAUACGUCAUAUACUGACCCUCUGUUUACAGCAGCUUCAUUUAUGUCUUAGAAAAUCCUGUAAACUAGUUAGGGGGGAAGAGGAAUAAGAGCUUCUGACACCAUUGGCUGCAUAGUACUCAAAUAGCAUUACCAUUAUCUGGCUAAACUGAAUGCACAGUAUUGCUCAGAGGGUGACUUCCGUCCCUUUGCUGAGAAAUAUAUUAUACUUUGUUGCUCAGCUUUUCUCAAAUGGCUUUUCCUGAGAUUUCCAGGUCAAAGAUUAAUUGCAACAUAAAACCUUUAUUAGUGCUAAUUUGUUAGAGAUCCAUAUGCUGUUUGUACUGUACAAAGGCUUUAGCUAGUCUUUUCAACUUUGCCUGUUUCCUGAGUUCAUGGAACUGUAACAUUCUCUGAGACAAAGAAUGUCUCUUGCAGCAGUAGCAUCGGAAUAAGACGAGGGUUACAGGCAGGGAGUGGGUGUGGGGCGAAUCAUAAUAACUGAUGCUGCUUAGGAGUUUCAUCUUUGUGCCUUUUUUAUAAAUGUAUCCUAAAAAGAGAGGGACCAUAGUGGUUCUCCCCCCCCCCCCGCCCCAACCCCCAGACGCUUUUAGCUUUCCACACAGAAUAUGAAUUGGAUAAAUGGUAGUAAGAUAAAUAUAAUCGAGGCAUUAUUUUCAAAGCAAGGACAAAAAGCUAUUUUCAUUGGAAGUUUGGUAAGAAAAAAUGAGUCACCUUUAAAUAUAGUUCCCAAAAGGAAGAUAUGUCCCUUUUGCUAUUUUUGCAAAAUUAUUGUGUAGUGUAAGAUUGUCAUUUUAUGUUUGUUGGGCACAUGGUACCUGGCAUUAUAGUCUGUAGUAUAAAAUGAUUAUUUGGCUCAAUCCAUUAUUUUUACAUGACAAGUUUGUGCACAUUUGUGAAAGAAAUGAAAGAGGCAUAUUAGCCAAAAAUUCCAGCAAACAAACAUCACAACGCUGCAUACUGCAAGAUGUCUUUUGCAAGUUGCUAAAUAGAACUAAUUUGCUGCUGUGGUGAAUUUAAGCAGAUGGCAUUAGUCAUUUAAUUUUGUGAUGCAGUCUCCUUUUCAAUUUCUUAUUGAUGGAGUUCCCUUUUUUUGGGAGGGGGCAUCAUAUGUGAAAGAAAAUUCUUAGAUAUCCUGGUUUAGGUAAAAUAUAGUAAUUAAACUAUUUUUUAUAUUUUUAUGGAGAAAGUAGUGUGUAGAAUUACUUUUGAAUAAAAUGUGCUUCUAUUUAAAUGUUUGAAAAUAUGUAUGUUGUGUGUUUUAGUCUGUAAUCAUUACUGAGUUUUACAGAACAUCCUGAAGACUGUAAAUAAAAUUACCAGGAAAUUGUCAUCUUAGCGAAUGUACCAUUUAAUGGGAAAAGUCAAUAAAUUAUUAAACACUG